GCCUGUUUGCAUGCCCCUGCAUCUGUCAAACAUUGUGCGGAGUGAUUGAAUGUAAAAACUCUGUUCUACUACCUAAUUUUGACACGGCUCCCUUCCGAAAGCCUCUAGAGGCUUCUGCUGUUUCUGGGUCUUUUCGGGCUUAGUCAUUAUAUACCCUCCGAAGAUCAGUUUUCUUUAAUAAAAAGCCUCAGGAAGCAGGUUUUCUGUUCGGUUUUCUUUAAUUUCUUGUAAUCAAUUUCCUGCCAAAAGGCUGCAACGAUGAGUUCGCAGUAUUGGUGCCAUCAGUGCAACCAGACAAUUGUGCCAAUGCUUGGAGAUGACAUCUGUUGCCCGCGCUGUAAUGGCGGAUUUAUUGAAGAAUUGGAGGCUCCAGAACAGAGGCAGGCCGAGCAGCAGUCUCCGAUUGGACAAAUGGACCCGCGAUUUUUGGCCCUUUUAAGCGGAGGAGGGCUUAGGGCACCAAGAAUGGUGGUGAUGGAGCAGCCGCCUGUAAUGAUGAGGGUGAUGCAUGCUUUAGGCUCUGCAAUGGCGGAGCUGCAUCUGAGCGAGGAGGCAGAGCAGGAAGAAAAUGGCGGCGGCGGCGGCGGCGUGGUGGUGGUGGACCCCAUGGGUGUUCCCCUGUUUAUGCUUCAGGGGGCAAAUACAGGGGCUUCAGUUUCACCGCUUGUUUCAGGGACCCUGGGGGACUAUUUCUUAGGGCAGGGUAUGGAGGCUCUGCUGCAGCGUUUGGCGGAGAAUGACCCCAACCGUUACGGGACUCCCCCGGCGGCUAAAGAGGCUGUGGAAGCUCUGCCUGUGGUGAAAAUUACAGAGGAGCAUUUGAAGUGCGAGCUGUCUUCGGAGUGCGCGGUUUGUAAGGAGGAAUUUACAGUUGGGGAAGAGACACGUCAGCUGCCAUGUAAGCAUUUGUAUCAUGGUGACUGUAUCUUUCCCUGGUUGAAGAUGCACAGUUCUUGCCCUGUGUGCAGGUUUCAGAUGCCUUCAGAGGAGGGGUCAGGUAAGGCCCAAUCUGAGGAGUCCACGUCGGAGGGAGAGAAUGGGAACGGUGGAAGCAACGAUGGGAAUAACAGUAACAGAUGGUUUAGAAUAUCUAUGCCGUUUAAUAUCAUUGGUAACCUUGUGUCUUAUGUUCUCAGACAUGGGAAUGAUAAUAACAGCAACCAACAAGGUAACAAUGGGAAUAAUUAGGCUUAGCAGGUGCAAGUCCUGGGGUGAAGGGUUUUCAGCGUUUUUUUUGGACUACCCAGUUGGGCUUUAUUUGUAAAUAUCAGAUAUGGAAUUGGAAAAAGAAAGGAAAUUACAAUUAAUUGAUUCAAUUUGUUUAAUGUAA